GUAUGGCGACCGCCGUUAGUUGUUCCGUUUUUUCUUCCGACGGAGAAUAUUUCGCUCAUUGUGGAAUCGAUGGGAAGUUAAAAAUCUGGGACACUUCCACUGGUCGCUUAAAACAGGAAUAUGUUUCUAAUUUUCAUCUCUCGUCCCCAUGUUGUGUAUUGACCUGGCUUUAUGUCAACUCUUCGUCAACAAAUGCCGCGCCUUCACCAUGGAAGAAACGCAGAAGGAAGUCAAUUUCAGAGGAAUCAACUCCCAAGGGCAUUGUUGCCAUGGGUUCCACAAAUGGGAAAAUUACACUUUACGACACAACAACGUCUUCAGUGACUGGUCAAUUGGACGGUCACAGUGGUACAGUCACUGCUGUGACUUGGUCGGAAAAUGUUGGUUUAUUCAGUGCAUCAGAUGAUUAUCAUAUUAUUCAUUGGAAUCUUAAAGAGAAUGGAGUUAAAUGCAAAUGGAAAUCUGGGAAAGGGAAGACAACAUCACUGGCAGUUUCAGAAGAUGGGAAAAGCUUAUUGUCAGGAGAGAGAGUUGUCAAGUGGUGGGAUCUAUCUACUAAACAAUUAAUUAAAACAUUUACGGGUCACGCUAAUCAAGUGACAUGUCUUUGUACCAUAAAAAUGCCAUAUGGAAGUAACUAUGUAAUUAGUGGAGCUUGUGGCGAUGGCUGCCUUAGUGUUUGGGCUUUAGAUGAUCAAAAACCUGAUAGAACACCUGUGGCAAGCUUGGCUCUACAAGAUGAUGCGAUAAGUGUUUCUGUAAACAUCUCUAAAGAGUCUCAGGUGAUCGUACUGGUAAUAACAAGGUCUGGCCAGGCACACCUGUUUCACUACCAACAAAAUGGUCGUUCGAAACCACUGAAGCCUAGCUUGAAUAUCGCAGUAGCUUCUGAUAUAAGCCAAAAAGAGGGAGUCCAACAAAUUCCUAUUUUAGACGCCAAACUGACGGAAGACCAAAAAUUACUUUUAGCAUAUGGUGCAUAUCUUAGUCCGACAUUUGAAAGGAUGACUCCAGAUUACUCGAACAAAGUACAGUGCUUAGUGCGCUCAGAAAAUAGAAAAAAUAAAGAGAAAAAGGACGAAAUUUCGAAGGUGAAGAAUACAAUAAUUGAGGAUAAUGUUGAGUAUCUUGCACCAGGUUUAAUAGAAACUGCGCCGAAAAGAAAUAGAAACAGCUCGGGAUCACAAUUAUUAUUAAAAGACAGAUUGGAAAACCUAAGUCUAAAUGCGGAAACUAGUCCUGCGGGAAAAAGUACAAGUGUAGGUAGUAACAGAGCGCAACUUCUGCUUCAAGGCUUGAAUAGUAAAGAUAAGGCAAUUUUGAGCAGUAUAUUCGUCACGAGAAACGAAUCUAUUGUUAGGAACACUAUAGCUAAACUACCAACACAAGCGAUUGAUCCACUGAUCAAAGAACUGACCAUCUUGCUCCAGGGUAAAACUUUCACGAGUAAACUGGCUGUUAGAUGGUUGGAAGCAUUGUUGAUGGCACAUGCCGGUCAUUUAUUGUCGCAAGCAGACCUUAUGCAAUCGUUUGGUCCGAUUUUGAGUUUAAUUGAUGCUAAAUUAGCUCUACUGCCGGAAAUCUCGAAACUUAAAGGUCGUGUUUCUCUUGUCACUGGUCAAAUCUCUCAGACAGUCGAAGAACAACAUAAAGACGUCACAGAAAAUUGUCUCGUUUAUCAAGAUUCAGAUUCCUCGGAAGAAGAUGGUGGAAUCGAGGACGAAGAUUUAGAAAGCGAAUCCGACGAAAAUUGGGAAGAAAUGUCGAAUCAAGAAGAUCAAGACGAUCAAGAAGAACAAAAUGAUAAGGAUGUCAGAAGUACGAAUUCAGAUGCAGAUGACGACGAUGAGUCUAUAUCCAGCUAAAUAUUAAUUUAGUAAAUAUUCAAGUUCCUGGAUAUAACGAAUGUGGGAAAGGAGAUUAUAAAUUGUUAAAUAAAUGACGUUUUUCUACUCAGACUACUUAUGUUUAUUGUCGUUACUAGACUACGGAUAUUAAUGCGAAUUUGCAUUCUUACGCACUGACUUACGGAUGCAAGA